GCGCGGGACCCGUCCCUUCAGCGGAGAGCAGCAGAGCAUCCAUACUGCCGUGGAGCCCGGAGCGUGGAGCUACGAGGAGCGCGCGCGCACACACACACAUACACACACACACACACACACACAAACGCGCGAAGCGAGAGCCACAGAAGAUGGACGGAGUGGGAUCGUUCGGAGCGGGCCGGACUGGGUCCACUAUCGACCCGAUUACCUUUGCCAAACAGCCGACGACCAUCCUCAGAGUGCUGUCUUGGGUGAGAGCCUGUUUUCACCGUCCAACUGUGUGUGUGUGUGUGUGUGUGUGUGUGAGAGAGAGAGAGAGAGAGAGAGAGAGAGAGAGAAAAGGGGGUCCUCUCUGUUGUCAUUGCUGCUCGAGACCCUUGACGAGCUGUCACUACUAAAUUAGACUCCACAAUCCAGGCGAACAGAUACACAGAGUGUAUAUGAAAUUUGAACGGGAGUAUAUUUAUGUAGAAAUGUAGCGUGCAGGGUGUAACCAGGGCCUGGUGGCUGUCUGACUUCCCGACUAUGAAACUGAUCUCACAGCUGAGGUUCUCUAUGAGGCAAAAACCGACCAAUUCUCAUUUUGAAGAUGCUGUUUUGUUGAAACAUGCACGGAUGUUCAAUGAACUGCACCUGGAUUGUGUAGGGGGAAAACGGAGCAGAUCCACGGCUUAUUUACCCUCCAGCCUCCACAUUUCCGUUAAUUAUACCAGCUGUUGUUAUCUCAUCCUUCAAAUGUAUUUUAAUAUUUACCAUACACCUUUCAGAUCACACACACCAUUUUAUCCAAUGAUUUAGCUGAUUUAUCCUAAACGGUCGUCGUCCGUCAUCCCACCUGUGAUUGGUCCGCGAACAUUAUUACGCACACGAGCCGGGGCCACGGAGACGCGUCGUGUCCUGCAGUUUGAUGUAACGUAUCACCUUUCGGUGACUCGCCGAAGGUCUACUCUACUCGUGUAGGGAUCUGAAACCCACCGAGGAGCGCUUGAAAUGGUAGUUCUCCUGUGUGACUACAAAUACAGGCUCUGAUCUGAGUUUCUCUAGUGUGAGUGAAAAGGUUACAUAGAAGCAGGAGGUUGUGAGGGUGGGAAAAUGAAACACAUCUACAGUUAUAACAGCCUCAAGCGUUUUUGUCCAUUAAAUUGUUUACAGCUGAAAAUCUACAAAUGUUCAUUAUGUCACCUUUCAUCUGGUUAGCGUGCUCUGCAUACGUUUGCAAUCUUAGUUGUAAAAUAUACAACAAUCCUUUCAACAGUGGGAUAUAAAAGGCACUCCAUUGAAAUACUGCAGCUCCUUUAACCAGAUGAUUUUUUUAUUGAAACUGGCAUUUAUGUUAAAAAACAGACGGAACUACAGGGUCAGAUCAGUGCCAAAUAACAGGAUAGGAUACCCUGAAUAUGAAUAUGAAAUGAUGCAGUAAAAUACAACACAAAACAAUAGAUUAUAUUAAAUAUACAAUAUGAUGAAGUACGAUAGGAUAAGAUAUAUUAUAUAAUAGAAUAUGAUGUAAUAUAGUAUGAUAUGAUACGAUACAACAGGAAACAAUCGAAUACAAAACAAUUCAAUAGGGUUAAAAUACAGGGCCUUACUGUCAUCAGCCCCAUCUGUCAGAAUCACCAUCAGAGCCAGCCAUGUAUUUGUAUUUCAUGGGUCAGAUUCAUGAUGGAUUUCUAUAUGACUGGUAUUUUACCCAAUUCUCACAAGUCAAACAUUUUGUAAUGAUAAUCCCCAAUUUUUAUGCUGCUCUCGGUUAAAUUGCACCUUCCAGUCAAUUAAUAAUAAUAAUAAUAAUGCAUCAGAUUUCAUAUAGCGCUUUAUCAGAGACCCUCAAAGCGCUUUACAUUGGAUACAUCAUUCAUUCGCUCACACAGUCACACUUUGGUGGUGGUGGAAACGUGGCUGCCAUUCUGCGCCUACGGCCUCUCCGACCACCACCACACAACACUCACAAUCAUACACCAGUGGAGGACACACACUGGGAGCAAGGUGGGUUAAGUGUCUUGCCCAAGGACACAACGGACAGACUUGGAUUAGGGGGGAAUCGAACCGCCAACCUUCCGGUCAUUGGACGACCGCUCUACCUCCUGAGCUACUGCCGCCAAUUGAUCCCCAUUUUUAGAUCAGACCUAAAGAGCCUUAUAAAACAAUUUAAAAAAAAGGAGCUAAUCACUAUUAAAAUGUUUUGGAGGGAUGGCUACAAAAAGAAAAUAAAAAUGCACCAAAAAUAAAUUUCAACAAGAAGCUUCUUGUUCCUCUACAGAACAGGACAUGCUACUUUAGUAUAGAAUAGAAUAGAGUAGCCUAUUCCUUUAUUGAUCCCCCAUGGGGGAAAUUUUUUUUGUCACAGCAGCAUCACAGACAAAGAGUGCAAAAAUGCAGUUAUAAAAAUAAAGAUCGUAAUAUUAAGAACUUAAAUAAAUGUAAUAAUUAAGAAAAAAAAAAUAGGAAAAGGAAAAAGAGAGAAGAAGAAAGAAAAAUUUUGGAGCUCCCCUUCUGCCAA